AUGGAUAGCUUGAGGGCGGUGUAUCGUUUUGUCUCUUGGCCGGUGACUCGAGUUGUUGAAAAAACAAUAGAAGUUCCAACUAAAUCAAGUGGUGGCGGAUACGCUAAAUUAGCUGGUGUACUUGGAGCGACCGCAAUCGCUGCACUAGCUUAUAGUGCACAUGGCAAAAAUGCCGAAAAGUCAGAAGAGCGCCGCCACACGUUUAAGAGUGGUGCAGAUAUACAUAUUUUGCACUCUUUGGCCUUGUUAGGUGUUCGUUCCUCUAGAUUCCCACAACUGACAGCCUCUCUGCUCUUAACCGGUACAAUUUUGUUCUCGGGAACUUGUUACUACACUGCUCUCUCAAAUGACAACAGAUUUGUGAGAAUUGCUCCUAUCGGCGGCGUGACCCUGAUCCUCGCCUGGCUAUCCUUUGCCUUGUAG